GGCAGGGAGGAAGCCGAGGGACGCGGACAUCUUCGCUCCCCUAAUUUCCUCCCUGCCUUCUGCAGCCAUUUUGCACCGGCAGAGCUGGAGGGAGCGGGUGGGCUGCGGGGGAUGAAGGGAAGAGGGUAAAGAGUUGCGGGGAGCGGAGAGGCAGCCAUGGGAGAUCCCGACUGGUGUGUCUGCUGAGGCUGGCUCACUGCAGCAGCUGUCAUCAGCAUCAUGGUGAAAAGGAAAAGCUCAGAGGGCCAGGAGCAGGAGAGUGGCCGUGGCAUCCCUCUGCCCAUCCAGACCUUCCUAUGGAGACAAACCAGUGCAUUUUUAAGACCUAAACUGGGGAAACAAUAUGAAGCUUCCUGUGUGUCUUUUGAAAGAGUUUUAGUAGAAAACAAACUGCAUGGCCUUUCUCCAGCUCUCUCUGAAGCCAUCCAGAGCAUCUCUCGCUGGGAACUCGUCCAGGCUGCGCUCCCGCACGUGCUGCACUGCACCGCGACGCUGCUCUCCAACCGGAACAAGCUGGGGCAUCAGGAUAAGCUUGGAGUAGCUGAAACAAAGCUUCUUCACACUCUUCACUGGAUGCUGCUGGAGGCUCCUCAGGACUGCAGCAAUGACCGAUUUGGAGGGGACAGAGGCUCUAGCUGGGGAGGGAGCAGUAGCGCCUUUAUCCAUCAGGCGGAAAACCAAGGAUCACCAGGACAUCCCCAGCCCAGUGCCACAACUGAGGAGGAGGAGAAUAGCAGAAGGAAGUUCUUCCAGAACUCCAUGGCCACCGUGGAGCUGUUUGUCUUCCUCUUUGCUCCCCUUGUCCACAGAAUUAAAGAGUCGGAUCUGACAUUCCGCUUGGCCAGUGGCCUCGUUAUUUGGCAGCCCAUGUGGGAACACAGGCAGCCUGAAGUUUCUGCCUUCAAUGCUCUUGUAAAGCCCAUCAGGAACAUCGUUACAGCCAAGAGAAGUUCUCCCACCAACAAUCAGAGUGCGACUUGUGAAUCCCCUAAUCUGGACAGUGGCCAUACUGAGGGACUGCAGGUGGUCUGUGAGACAACACGGCCAGAUUCUGUACCUCCAAAGGCUGCUGUUUCAGCAUGUCAUCGUGGAAAUUCCUUGGAUGGAAGCAUAUCCUCCCAAACCUCUCAGGAGAGAGGUACUGCACAUCCCAGAGUGUCCUUGGUGAUCCCACCGUGCCAGAGGUCUCGCUACGCCACCUACUUCGACGUGGCCGUGCUGCGCUGCCUGCUGCAGCCACACUGGUCUGAGGAGGGCACACAGUGGUCACUGAUGUACUACCUGCAGAGGCUGAGGCACAUGCUGCAGGAAAAACCAGAGAAGCCACCCGAGCCAGAGAUCACCCCUUUGCUGAGGCCUCGGAGCAGCUCCAUGGUGGCCGCUGCACCCUCUCUGGUGAACACCCACAAAACUCAGGAUCUUACAAUGAAAUGUAACGAGGAAGAAAAAUCACUAAGUGCAGAGGCAUUUUCCAAGGUUUCAUUGACCAACUUGCGUAGACCAGCAGUUCCAGAUCUCUCCACAGACCUGGGGAUGAACAUCUUCAAAAAGUUUAAGAGCCGCAAAGAGGACAGGGAACGCGAGCGCAAAGGGUCAAUUCCUUUCCACCACACUGGGAAGAAGCGGCAGAGAAGGAUGGGGGUACCUUUCCUCCUCCAUGAGGAUCAUUUGGAUGUCUCACCCACUCGCAGCACUUUCUCCUUCGGCAGUUUCUCUGGAAUCGGAGAGGACCGACGUGGCAUUGAGAGAGGAGGAUGGCAAACCACCAUAUUAGGGAAGUUUACCAGGCGGGGGAGCUCUGACACAGCAACGGAGAUGGAGAGCCUGAGCGCCAGGCACUCGCACUCCCAUCACACGCUGGUCUCCGACCUGCCAGACCACUCAAACAGCCACGGAGAGAACACAGUCAAAGAAGUGCGGUCCCAGAUCUCCACCAUCACUGUGGCCACCUUCAACACCACCCUGGCCUCGUUCAACGUGGGCUAUGCCGACUUCUUCAGCGAGCACAUGAGGAAGCUUUGCAACCAGGUGCCCAUCCCUGAGAUGCCCCACGAGCCACUUGCAUGUGCCAACCUCCCACGGAGCCUGACAGAUUCCUGCAUCAAUUACAGUUGCUUGGAGGACACAGAUCACAUCGAUGGAACCAACAACUUUGUCCACAAGAACGGCAUGCUGGAUCUCUCGGUGGUCCUGAAGGCUGUUUACUUGGUCCUAAACCAUGACAUCAGCUCCCGGAUUUGUGAUGUGGCACUGAACAUUGUGGAGUGCUUACUGCAGCUUGGUGUGGUGCCCUGUGUGGAGAAGGUUCGGAGGAAGAGCGAGAACAAAGAAAAUGAGGCUCCUGAGAAGAGACCAAGUGAAGGAUCCUUCCAGCUCAAAGGGGCUGCUUCUGCUGGUUCAACUUGUGGAUUUGGGCCACCUCCAGUUAGUGGAGCUGGAGAUGGAGGAGAAGAAGGAGGUGGUGGAAGUGGAGGAGGAGGUGGAGGUGGAAGUGAUGGAGGUGGUGGAGGAGGAGGAGGGCCAUAUGAGAAGAAUGACAAAAAACAAGAAAAGGAUGAAGGCCCAUCUGUCAGCACCCAUAGGCUGGCACUCACAAUGCUGAUAAAAAUUGUGAAGUCCCUGGGCUGUGCCUAUGGUUGUGGAGAAGGACACCGAGGGCUCUCUGGAGAUCGCCUGAGACACCAGGUAUUCCGGGAGAAUGCUCAGAACUGCCUCACAAAGCUGUACAAACUGGAUAAGAUUCAAUUCCGGCAGACCAUGAGGGAUUAUGUGAACAGGGAUUCUCUCAAUAAUGUGGUGGAUUUCCUUCAUGCUUUACUGGGAUUCUGCAUGGAGCCAGUCACUGACAACAAGGCUGGAUUUGGGAAUAACUUCACCACAGUGGACAACAAGUCUACAGCCCAGAGUGUAGAAGGUAUUAUUGUGAGUGCCAUGUUCAAGUCACUGAUCACUCGCUGUGCUUCCACUACACAUGAGCUCCACAGCCCGGAAAACCUGGGCUUGUACUGCGAUAUCCGACAGCUGGUCCAGUUUAUCAAGGAGGCUCAUGGGAAUGUGUUUCGGAGGGUGGCACUCAGUGCCCUCUUGGACAGCGCUGAAAAGUUAAUACCAGGAAAAAAAACAGAGGAAACAGAGCAAGAGCCAAAACCUUCUGGAAGCAAAAGAUCCGAGGUGGGAAGUGUCAUCAUUGACAAAGGCCAGACCUCAGCUGCCCCCGAUGAAUGCCGGAGUUACGUCUCAAGCCGCCCAAUGCAGACUCCAGAACAUGAUGAGCAAAGCCAGGGGGCCAAUCUGGGACGGAAGGACUUCUGGCGAAAGAUGUUCAAAUCACAAAGUGCGGCGAGUGAUACCAGUAGUCAGUCUGAACAGGACACAUCCGAGUGCACCACUGCUCACUCUGGAACCACCACAGACAGGCGCUCCCGCUCCCGUUCCCGGCGAAUCUCCCUUCGAAAGAAACUCAAACUCCCUAUAGGUAAAUGGAACUGGCUGAAGCGCUCCUCCCUCUCUGGCCUGGCCGACGGAGUGGAAGAUCUCCUCGAUAUCAGCUCUGUCGACCGUCUCUCUUUCAUCAGGCAGAGUUCCAAGGUGAAGUUUACCAGCGCAGUGAAGCUGUCAGAAGGAGGGGGGCCGGGAGGAGGCCUGGACAACGGGAGAGAUGAAGAGGAGAAUUUCUUCAAGCGUCUUGGUUGCCAUAGCUUUGAUGAUCACUUGACCUCCAACCAAGAAGGAGGAAAAUCCAAGAACGUUGUGAACCUGGGAGCAAUCCGCCAAGGCAUGAAGCGCUUCCAGUUUCUCCUGAACUGCUGUGAACCAGGCACUAUCCCUGAUGCCUCCAUUUUGGCAGCAGCCCUAGAUCUUGAAGCUCCUGUAGUGGCGCGAGCGGCCCUGUUCCUCGAGUGCGCGCGCUUUGUCCACCGCUGCAAUCGUGGCAACUGGCCCGAGUGGAUGAAGGGCCACCAUGUGAACAUCACUAAGAAAGGCCUGUCCCGUGGCCGGUCACCUGUCGUGGGCAACAAAAGGAACCAGAAGCUGCAGUGGAAUGCAGCUAAGCUCUUCUACCAGUGGGGAGAUGCGAUUGGUGUCCGCCUCAACGAGCUGUGCCAUGCUGAGAGCGAGAGCCCUGCCAACCUGCUGGGCCUCAUUUAUGAUGAGGAGACCAAGAGGCGCCUGAGAAAGGAGGAUGAGGAAGAAGACUUUUUAGAUGACAGCACUGUGAAUCCUACCAGAUGUUGUUGUCCCUUUGCACUGAAGAUGGCAGCCUGUCAGCUUCUCCUGGAGAUAACUACUUUCCUUCGAGAGACCUUUCCCUACAUGGCCAGGCCGCGGACCGAGCCUCUCAUGGAUCUGGAGAGCUGCAGGCUGCGUCUGGACCCUGAGAUGGACCGGCAUAGGUAUGAAAGAAAGAUCAGCUUUGCUGGGGUUCUGGAUGAAAACGAAGAUUCAAAGGAUUCCCUGCACAGCAGCAGCCACACCCUCAAAUCUGAGGCUGGCUUCGAGGAGAAAAAAGAAGGGAGCCCUUGGAGCGCAAGCGAGCCCAGCAUUGAACCCGAGGUGCUGAGCAACACAGGCAUGGAGGAGAACUAUCAUCGGAAUAUGUCGUGGCUGCAUGUUAUGAUCCUUUUAUGCAACCAGCAAAGCUUCAUAUGUACCCACAUUGACUACUGUCACCCACACUGCUACCUCCAUCACAGCCGCUCCUGUGCUCGCCUCGUCCGGGCCAUCAAACUCCUCUAUGGAGACACAGUGGACUCUCUGCGAGAAAACACCACGCUGAACAAUGUGGCAAGAGGCAAAAAACAAAAGGAAUGCUCAGACAAGUCGUGCUUGAGAACUCCUUCUCUAAAAAAGAGGGUAAUUGAUAUCAACUUGGAAGGGAAGAAGGACUCUGGAAUGCUAAAAUACAUCAGGCAGCAGGUAAUGAGCCUCUCCCCUGCACCUUUGUCACUGCUAAUCAAGGCAGCUCCUAUCCUCACAGAAGAGAUGUAUGGGGACAUUCAGCCAGCAGCAUGGGAGCUCCUGCUCAGUGUGGAUGAGCACAUGGCUGGAGCAGCAGCUGCCAUGUUCCUGCUGUGUGCUGUGAAAGUGCCAGAGGCAGUUUCUGACAUGCUGAUGUCCGAAUUUCAUCACCCAGAAACAGUGCAAAGACUGAAUGCCAUUCUCAAAUUUCACACACUCUGGAGGUUUAGAUAUCAAGUGUGGCCAAGGAUGGAAGAGGGAGCACAGCAGAUCUUUAAGAUCCCUCCUCCAAGUAUAAACUUCACUUUGCCUUCUCCUGUGCUGGGUAUGCCAUCUGUGCCAAUGUUUGAUCCUCCCUGGGUCCCUCAGUGCAGUGGGAGUGUGCAAGAUCCCAUAAAUGAAGAUCAGUCAAAGUCAUUUUCAGCCCGAGCUGUGUCGCGUUCCCAUCAGCGAGCGGAGCAUAUCCUGAAGAACCUGCAGCAGGAGGAAGAGAAGAAACGCCUGGGCCGGGAAGCCAGUCUCAUCACUGCCAUCCCCAUCACUCAGGAGGCCUGCUACGAGCCGUCCUGCACACCCAGCUCGGAGCAGGAAGAAGAAGUAGAAGAAGUUGCCAACCUGGCCUCCCGCCGUCUUUCUGUGAGUCCUUCCUGCACCUCCAGUACAUCCCAUAGGAACUAUUCCUUCCGCCGGGGCUCUGUCUGGUCAGUGCGGUCUGCAGUCAGUGCAGAAGAUGAAGAACACACUACUGAACACACUCCAAACCAUCAUGUGCCCCAACCACCUCAGGCUGUGUUUCCAGCAUGCAUCUGUGCAGCAGUGCUCCCCAUUGUCCACUUGAUGGAAGAUGGAGAAGUCCGGGAGGAUGGAGUAGCUGUAAGUGCUGUUGCUCAGCAGGUCCUGUGGAACUGCUUAAUUGAAGACCCCUCAACAGUUCUGCGCCAUUUCCUUGAGAAGCUCACCAUCAGCAAUCGACAGGAUGAGCUGAUGUAUAUGCUAAGGAAGCUUUUGUUGAACAUUGGAGACUUUCCUGCCCAGACAUCUCAUAUCCUCUUUAACUACUUGGUAGGACUGAUCAUGUAUUUUGUACGGACUCCGUGUGAGUGGGGCAUGGAUGCCAUUUCUGCCACACUUACCUUCCUUUGGGAAGUGGUGGGUUAUGUUGAAGGACUCUUCUUCAAGGACCUCAAACAGACUAUGAAGAAGGAACAAUGUGAAGUGAAGCUGCUAGUGACUGCCUCAAUGCCAGGCACAAAAACCCUUGUUGUGCACGGACAGAAUGAGUGUGACAUUCCAACGCAGUUACCAGUCCACGAGGACACACAGUUUGAGGCUCUUCUGAAGGAGUGCUUGGAGUUUUUUAACAUACCUGAAACUCAGUCUUCUCAUUAUUUUUUAAUGGAUAAGCGUUGGAAUCUCAUUCAUUACAACAAGACCUACGUCCGUGACAUUUAUCCUUUCCGUAGGUCCGUUUCUCCCCAGCUCAACCUGGUGCAGAUGCAUCCAGAAAAGGGUCAAGAGCUCAUUCAGAAGCAGGUGUUCACCCGCAAGCUGGAAGAGGUGGGGCGAGUCUUGUUCCUGAUAUCCCUGACGCAGAAAAUACCUACUGCCCACAAGCAGUCCCACGUGUCCAUGCUCCAGGAGGACCUCCUCCGCCUGCCUUCAUUUCCCCGAAGUGCCAUUGAUGCCGAGUUCUCUCUGUUCAGUGAUCCCCAAGCUGGGAAAGAGCUCUUUGGUCUGGACACUCUUCAGAAAAGCUUGUGGAUUAAGCUGCUGGAGGAGAUGUUCCUUGGCAUGCCCAGUGAGUUCCCCUGGGGGGAUGAGAUCAUGCUGUUCCUGAACGUCUUCAAUGGUGCCCUGAUCCUGCACCCCGAGGACAGUGCCUUGCUGAGGCAGUACGCGGCCACCGUCAUCAACACAGCCGUGCACUUCAACCACCUCUUCUCCCUCAGCGGGUACCAGUGGGUGCUGCCCAGCAUGCUGCAGGUGUACUCUGACUAUGAAAGCAACCCCCAGCUGCGCCAAGCGAUCGAGUUCGCGUGUCGCCAGUUCUACGUCCUGCACCGCAAGCCCUUUAUCCUGCAGCUGUUUGCCAGCGUGGCCCCUCUCCUGGAGUUCCCUGAUGCCACAAACAACGGAACCAGCAAAGGAGUGUCAGCUCAGUGCCUGUUUGACCUUCUGCAGUCCUUGGAGGGAGAUACUCCUGAUAUUUUGGACAUCUUAGAGCUGGUGAAAGCAGAAAAGCCUCUCAAGUCAUUAGACUUCUGCUAUGGAAGUGAAGACCUGACCUUUUCCAUCAGCGAAGCCAUCAAGCUGUGUGUGACAGUGGUGGCCUAUGCUCCUGAGUCAUUCAGAAGCCUCCAGAUGCUGAUGGUCUUGGAAGCGCUUGUUCCCUGUUACCUACAGAAACUGAAGCGACAAACCUCUGAAGUGGAGACUGGGACAGCAGCUCGUGAGGAGAUUGCUUCUAUGGGUGCCCUUGCCACCUCUUUGCAGGCCCUCCUGUACAGUGUAGAAGUUCUCACCAGGCCUAUGACAGCUCCACAGAUGAGUCGAUGUGACCAGGGCCAUAAAGGGACCACAACAGCAAACCACACCAUGACAGCAGGUGUGAACACCAGGUACCCUGAACAAGGAACCAAACUACACUUUAUCAGGGAGAACCUUCACAUAUUGGAGGAGGGCCAGGGUCUUCCCCGAGAGGAGCUGGAUGAACGAAUUGCCAGAGAGGAGUUCAGGAGACCACGGGAGUCAUUGCUGAAUAUCUGCACAGAGUUUUACAAGCACUGUGGUCCAAGGCUGAAGAUUUUGCAGAAUCUGGCUGGUGAGCCCCGCGUGACUUCUCUGGAGCUGCUGGAUGUGAAGUCCCACAUGAGGCUGGCGGAAAUCGCACACUCCCUGCUGAAACUGGCACCUUACGACACGCAGACCAUGGAGAGCCGCGGGCUCCGGCGCUACAUCAUGGAGAUGCUGCCCAUCACCGACUGGACGGCCGAGGCGGUGAGACCUGCCCUUAUCCUCAUCUUAAAGAGAUUGGAUCGUAUGUUCAAUAAAAUUCACAAGAUGCCUACUCUGAGGCGCCAGGUUGAGUGGGAGCCUGCCAGCAGUUUGAUUGAAGGGGUUUGUUUGACACUUCAGAGGCAGCCUAUCAUAUCCUUCCUGCCUCACCUUAGGUCUCUGAUCAAUGUCUGUGUCAAUCUGGUGAUGGGAGUAGUAGGACCCUCCAGUGUGGCUGACGGAUUACCCCUUCUUCAUCUCAGCCCUUAUCUCUCACCACCUCUUCCCUUCAGCACAGCUGUUGUCCGGCUUGUAGCAUUGCAGAUACAGGCUUUGAAAGAAGAUUUCCCCCUAAGCCAUGUCGUCUCCCCAUUCACCAAUCAGGAAAGAAGGGAAGGAAUGCUUUUAAACCUACUGAUUCCAUUUGUGCUCACAGUAGGAUCUGGAAGCAAAGACAGCCCCUGGCUGGAGCAGCCUGAGGUCCUGCUGCUGCUCCAGACUGUUAUCAAUAUCCUCCUGCCACCUCGAAUCAUCAGCACUUCCAGAAGCAAGAAUUUUAUGCUGGAGAGCUCCCCUGCCCACUGCUCCACUCCAGGGGAUGCAGGGAAGGACCUGCGACGGGAAGGGCUCGCAGAGUCCACCAGCCAGGCUGCCUACCUGGCCCUGAAGGUGAUCCUUGUUUGCUUUGAACGCCAGCUGGACAGCCAGUGGUACUGGCUGAGCCUGCAAGUCAAAGAGAUGGCCCUGCGGAAGGUGGGAGGGCUGGCCCUGUGGGAUUUCCUCGACUUUAUCGUACGAACACGGAUCCCUAUCUUUGUGCUCCUUCGGCCCUUCAUCCAGUGCAAGCUGCUGGCCCAGCCGGCUGAGAACCACGAGGAGCUGACGGCCCGACAGCACAUUUCCGACCAGCUGGAGAAACGGUUCAUCCCGCGCCCGCUCUGCAAGAGCUCCCUCAUCGCCGAGUUCAACAAUGAGCUGAAGAUCCUGAAGGAGGCCGUGCACAGUGGGUCGGCUUACCAAGGGAAGACAUCCGUCAGCACUGUGGGCACCUCCACCUCCGCGUACCGCCUGAGCCUGGCCACCAUGUCCCGCUCCAACACCGGCACCGGCACGGUCUGGGAGCAGGACAGCGAGCCUUCCCAGCAGGCCUCGCAGGACACGCUGAGCCGCACCGAUGAGGAGGAUGAAGAAAAUGACUCCCUGAGCAUGCCCAGUGUGGUAAGUGAACAAGAAGCAUACCUUAUGGGUGCCAUUGGGAGGAGGCGGUUCUCCAGCCAUCUCUCCAGCGUGUCUGCACCUCAGGCUGAGGUGGGCAUGUUGCCCAGCCAAAGUGAACCUAAUGUCCUCGAUGACUCCCCGAGCCUGGCCACUGAGGGCAGCCUCUCUAGGGUGGCAAGUGUGCAGAGUGAGCCAGGACAGCAGAACCUUCUUCUGCAGCAGCCCUUGGGGCGGAAGAGAGGCCUGCGGCAGCUUCGCCGGCCACUGCUGUCCCGUCAGAAAACUCAGACGGAGCCUCGGAGCCGUCCCGGAGCGCGACUCUCCACCACGCGGCGGAGCAUCCAGCCAAAGCCUAAACCCUGCGCGGAGCAGAAGCGGUCGGUGACGUUCACUGAGGCCCCGCCCGAGGCUCCCCCCGCCUGCCCUGGGGACACUCUGGCUCUGGUGGCCCAGCAGGUGGGCUGUGGCCACAGCAGCCCCCCAGUGACCAGCAAGCAGGAGCCCCUCAGCAAGCCCAUGCUCACCUCCUCCCCUGCCAUCGUUGUCGCUGAUCUCCACAGCCAGGCCACCGGCCAGUUGCAGAGCGAGGCACUCUCUGCUGAGAAGGAGAAGGAAAAAGAGGAGGGCCUGGAGUCCCGGCCAACAGCAGCACAGAGCACCCCACCCACCCAGCUCUCUGACACCGAGGACUAUGCUGGCCUCGAGACCACCAGCUUGCUGCAGCACGGGGACACUGUCCUUCACAUCAGUGAGGACAACGGGAUGGAGAACCCCUUGCUGGCCACUCACUUCAGCUUCACACACGUGGAGCUCGGGGAGACGGACAUCGAUCUGGAUGAAUCUCAUGUUUAACUCCUGGGGAAGUGCCAUAGUGGGAGGAGGAAGAGAAAGUGCACCUUCUCCUUAGAAUUCACUGCUGACUAGUAAUUAAUUAAAACCAAGAGCACUUUAUUAUCCUUAUUAUAAGAAAAUGGCUAUCAGUAGGUUGCUGUAGACUGGCAAGUCUCUGUGAAAUCUGUUUCAGUUCAGGGCGAGACCACAAGAUAAGAGAAUUUGUACUGAAUUCUGAGGGUAGGGGUGUGUAGGCAAAUGUGGUCCACAGAGCCUUGAUCUGGCAGCCGUGUACUGUGAGCAGCAGCCUCGUGGGUAACAGGCUGUUGGACUGCGUGAGACAGAAAAGCCUCUUCUGUGAUUGUGCCCAAUAUUUAUUUUUGUAGUGUUUUUGAGAGGGGGGCUAUAUAGCAGCUGAAUCCAAGGCUCUUACACCUUGGUACUGACAGUGAAAACACUGACA